AGGCUGUCAGUGAGGACACGAAGGCUGAAGUGGAAGCUGAAACACCAGCAGAACCACAGGCUGAGGAGGUUGCGGAGACGGCGAGAGAAGAGCUGGAUGAGGCUGUCAGUGAGGACAAGAAGGCUGAAGCGGAAGCUGAGACACCAGCAGAUCCACAGGCAGAAGUGGAGGAGGUUGCGGAGACGGCGCGAGAAGAGCUGGAUGAGGCUGUCGGUGAGGACAAGAAGGCUGAAGUAGAAGCUCAGGCACCAGCAGAACCACAGGUGUAUUCAAGCAUUCAGAAGGAUGCAGUGAAGACGGUGAGAGAAAAGCAGAACGAGGCGGAGCCCACUCUUCAGACGCAGGCCAAACGAAUGGACUCCACCGUUUCGGAGGAGGCCUCAACUGCUGCUGGGUCUCCCCAGGCGACCCUGGAAAGGCCAAGCAGUGACGAGGUAGACUUCGAUGCUAUGUGUGCUUAAAAUGCACAAAGGGAGCGGAUGAGCCUCCCUUUCUGACUGCGGCCUGGUCGAAACGGUGUUUCAAAUGUUUCAAUCUUGGGCGCUAGGGGUGGGGAAUUCAAUUCAAUUGACAGGAGAGGUUUGAAGAUCCAUAUUUGCUGCGUGUUUGACGUGUUCCUGCAGAUGUUGCACAGCACAAAAUCUGCCCUCCCCUGUCGGCUCUUGAGUCUUGUGCGGAUUGCUCGCUGGUUGAAUGAGACACAUCCCGUUUCCGAC